AUGCCAGGUUGUUGUGCAAAAAAUUGCAAAAAUAGAAGCGAACAUGGUUUUCGAAUGUUUUUGUUUCCUCGGGAUGAAAAACGAAGACAUUUGUGGGCUGAGAAAUGUGGUAAAAAUCCAACACAGAAUUCUAGGUUAUGUGAGUAUCAUUUUGAUGAUUUGCAAUUCGAAAAUCGACGGGAUGGAUGGCGGAAAUUGAAACCCAAUGCAAUUCCAACUAUUUUCGAAAGCAACGAAAUUAAUUCUGAUAUAUUAAAUGAUCAAUCUUUAAUUGUGUCUGAAAAAGUAGAAAAAUCACCAAUUUUCAAAGAAUUUAUAUCAGGACUUUCCAAGCGAGAGACUAACUGGACUCCGCAAUGUUUAAGAUUGGCCACACAGAUAAGAUAUGCUGUUGGAUGGAAGGCUUAUCUAUAUCUAAAGAAAGAUCUGGGUUUACCAUUGCCAUCUUAUUCUACAAUAUGCAGAUAUACAAGAAAGAUUGAUUUUCAACCUGGUUUGUUAAGAAAUGUUUUUUCAUUAAUGGCAAAGAAAAGAGAAAGUAAUAAAUCUUCGAAUCAAGACGACUGUGUUAUUUUAAUGGAUGAGAUGGAUAUUCAACCAGCAUUAGAAUAUGAUGUUAGCACAAGAUCAUUUGUUGGACAAACGACGUGUGAUGAGAUAGAAAAGUUAAGCACUUCUAUUGUUGUUUUUAUGCUCAGAGGUUUAAACGAAAAUUGGAAACAAAUUGUUUCAUGGCAUCUUACAUCUAAGUCUUCAAAUGAUGAUAUCAUGACUCAAUUACUGUUUGAAAUUGUCGAAGAAGCAGAGAAAAUAGGUUACAAGGUCCACGGAUUAAUUUGUGAUAUGGGUCCAAAAAAUCAAGCGAUAUGGCGCAAUUUAGGAAUUAAAGUUUCGAGAAAUAACAACACUCCGUUUGUAAUGCAUCCGAUACGGUCUAAUGAUAAUUUUUAUAUAUUUCCGGAUAUACCACAUUUAUUGAAAAACCUACGGAUGGCUUUAACUAACAAUUCUAUUAUUACAAUAGCACUGUCAAUUGUAGAAUCAGAAAAUUUGCCAUGCAAUGAAGUUAGAUUUAAAUAUCUCGAAGAAUUAAAUGUAAUUCAGCAACGUAAAAAUUUAAAAUUAGCUCCAAAUAUAAUUACCGACAUUGUGAACCCAACAGGAUUCAACAAAAUGAAUGUAGCAACUGCAGCACAUAUAUUCAACGUAAAAACAGCUGCUGCUCUGGAGACAUUGAUAGAACUGAAAUUAAUAGAUAAUGAAGCUAAAACUACAGCUUGGUUUGAUGCGAUGAACAGCAGAAAGAUUACAGCUUGGUUUCUUAGAAAAGGGGCUUGGUUUGAUGCGAUGAACAGCAGAAAGCAAAAUGAAGCGAUUACUCCAA